AUGAACAAUACCGAAGCUAAUAACAACGCCCCCAACAACGUACAUGGACCUGGACGCGGUCGUGGAAAUGGACGUGGAGGCAGACGUGAACGUGGCAGACGCGCUGGCACCUUUGUGUUUGUUGUCGAUCCUACCGUUCAGCAAAACACCACUCCUGUUAACAACGGUAACACUGAAGCUGACAGUAACGCCAAUGUCGAUGAUAACGAUGAGCCUGAACAACCAUCUUCGCGGUCCUACAAUGUAUGGCCUGAUGUCGCUAUUUGUAUCCUCCUUGAAAUUAUGGCUGGUACCUACAGCUACUUGCUGAGAAGAAGCAAUACUGCCUUAAAGCAGCUUAUCUGGGUACAUUGGGCUGCUUUGCUGAAGGAAAAGUUAGCUGAGAAUGCUAGCACCGAUGUACUCAGGGCUUUUUUGGCAAACAUCAGCGAAACAAGUAUGCAAAGAAAGUGGGCAGAUAUGAAGCAGCGUUUUAACAGAGUAAGAAAUUCAGCAAGAGAAACCGGAGUUGGUGGAACUGUUCGAAACAUGCCGUACUACGAGGAAAUUGCUAAGAUUACUCAGGAUGAUCCAAGCAUCCAGCCUGAAGUGAUUUACGAAAGCAUUAACACGCAAGAGAGUGGUUUUCCGUCUUACAGACGAUUUAACGACGUAAAUUUGAUGAAUGCUAUUGGAUCUGAUGGCCCUGAAACAAUAUACUUGGGACCUACAGAAGUUGAUCAACUUGUAAUUCAGAAAGCAUUUGCUGACCGAUAUCCUACUAGAGAUUCUACCAACAACGAAGGACCUGCAGUGCCAUCAUUUUUUGAAUCAGUAUCCGCACCUCCCCCACCAACAACAGCACCAGCACCAACACCAACACCAACACCAGCAACAGCAACACACCCACACCCACACCCACACCAACCUCAACACCAACAACCAAACCAACAACACCAACACCAACACCCACAUCAGCAUCCGCAGCACCACCAACAUCGACAGGCGCAACACCUCCUCCACCAUCAUCCGCACCUCCACCUCCAUAUACUGUACAUCCGCACCACCUCCACCUCCAUAUACUGUACAUCCGCACCACCUCCUCUGCCACCUUCAUCUGCACCACCUCCCCCAAGAUCUACCCGUACAUCGAGAAAUAGUCGAACUUCUGGUGAGCAGUCUUCAUCAACUCCUGAUCCUAUUGAAGCUGCUCGUCAGUUGUCAGACGAACAUAUGCCACGUGCCCGCCAACUGGGUGUAGAGAUGAUGGAUCGCAUGGCAGCAUUGCAAAAAGAAGAUCGAGAACAAAGACUUCUCGAUGUUGAUAACAUGUUGCAACGUAUCAGUCGUAAUCGACAAAUUGCAUUAGAAAAUAUCCAAGCAAGACGGCGACAAGAGACCAGAGAGAGAUACGUUAUGUUCGAAGAAGCAAGAAGUAGACGAGAGGAUGACAUGGAAGAGCAUAGACGUAGACGCAUGUCUGAUGUGGAGAUUAUCCUGAAUAGAUUCGCAGCCAUUCGAAGAGAUGAAAGUGAUACCAAUCUUAAUGGUUCAUCUUCUACUGACAACAAUAAUUAA